AAGAUGGCGGCUCCCUUGGAGCUCAGUUGCUGGGGAGGCGGCUGGGGGCUCCCAUCGGUACACAGCGAGUCCCUGGUGGUGAUGGCUUACGCCAAAUUUUCUGGUGCACCCUUGAAAGUCAAGGUCAUAGAUAACACCUGGAGAGGUUCAAGAGGUGAUGUACCAGUUUUGACAACUGAAGACAACUUUGUUUCUCAGCCAGCAAAAAUACUAAACUUUUUAAGAAAACAGAAAUAUAAUGCUGAUUAUGAACUCUCGGCAAGACAAGGGGCAGAUACACUGGCUUACAUUGCUCUCCUCGAAGAGAAGCUUCUUCCUGCAGUGCUUCACACAUUCUGGGUUGAGAGUGACAAUUACUUUACUGUGACAAAGCCAUGGUUUGCUUCACGAAUUCCUUUUCCCUUGAGUUUGAUCCUGCCUGGAAGAAUGUCUAAGAGGGCACUGAAUAGGAUUCUCCUGACUAGAGGAGAGCCUCCCCUCUACCACCUCCGAGAAGUGGAGGCACAGAUAUACAGAGAUGCCAAGGAGUGCCUAAAUCUUCUGUCAAACAGAUUGGGAACAUCUCAGUUCUUCUUUGGAGAUACGCCUUCUACCCUGGAUGCCUAUGUAUUUGGUUUUCUUGCACCUCUUUAUAAAGUACGCUUUCCUAAAGUUCAGUUACAAGAACAUUUGAAACAGCUCUCCAACCUGUGUCGCUUUUGUGAUGACAUCCUAAACAGUUAUUUUAGGCAUAGUCUUGGAGGCAUCUCUCCUGCUGGACAAGAAACGGUAGAUGCCAAUCUGCAGAAACUCACCCAGCUUGUAAAUAAGGAAUCCAACUUGAUUGAAAAGAUGGAUGACAAUCUUCGCCAAAGCCCUCAACUUCCUCCUCGGAAACUGCCAACACUUAAGUUGACUCCCGCAGAAGAAGAAAGUAAUUCCUUACAAAGGCUGUCACCCUGACAGUCAUCAGGCUUUGUGUCCAAAGUCAAGACGAUGGUUGCAGUAACCUUACACUAAGUGUGUGAAGGCAAAAAGAAAAUGCCGUCAAUAGGUAUAAGGAAGACUCUAAAACAAAAGAAACUUUCUAUGACAUCUAUUUUUGUUAAUUAGGAGGCUUGUCUUUUAGCUUGGCAGUGCACUUUAAAUAACGUCAGAGUGAAUGCUACAUGAGCUUGGGGAAAGAAGAACACAGUGUACUGUAUAUGAAAAACCUGCCUCAAUCUUGGCAGAGGUUUGCCUUUGGUUCACGUGUUGCUGACCAGAAGCUACAAUUCUGUUCUGAAUGUGCGCUCUUAAUUUAUUCAAGUUAAUUUAUUAAUUUGGUUUUCUUAGACCAGUCUGAAUAUCUAUGUGGCUCUUGGCUGAGGCUUUUUUCUUCUGUUUAGAAAUCUGAUGCCUAUUUUAGACAUUAGGAAAACUAUAUUAUUCUAAUAUUCUAUUUACUUCAGUAGAAAAGCCUGUAUUUAACUUUAAAAACCAAUGAAGAAUGUGCUUUUUAAUGAUGUCUUUCAUAAGUCUAAUCUUUGGGGGGGUUAGUACCACAUAUAUAGAUAUUAAAGGUGGUUACUAUAUAUAGAUAGUAUUCAUCUGACUAUAUGCAUGUCCAUAUAACAUUAGUAUUUGCUGAUUUGUUCAAUGUAAGUUAGCAAAGGCUCUUUUAGUUUAUUGAGUGAAUGUGGCAGCUUUAGACCUAUGUCUUUGUAGUACAUCCUUAACUCUAGUCAUCUCUUUCUUGGAUUGAUUUCAGGAGAACUGAAUGUGUUGGUCAUUGUUAUUAUGCCAGGCUGUAAAGUCUUACUGAAACUUGACCAGUUGUUAGACACUACUCAGGAGGAACCCACCGCCAGAGUAAUAGAAGUACCUACUAUGUGUCAGGUCCAAGUUCACCAGGCUUGGCUCAGACCAGUGUUCUUUCAUAAGAAGCAUAUCAUGUAGUCAAAAGCUUUAUGACAACUAAUUGUUUUCCGUAUAGUUUAACUACAGGUGAAGGAUCCAAUGGAAUAAUCAGAAAUAGCAGUAGAUUUUUAAGAAUAUUUUCUAUUUAUUGGUUGCUGAACUGUUAAAGGAUUUGCUGUGCAGGUAAUUUUACUAAAAAUAGAAUCUUGCUUAUUUUAGUGGCUGAGGUGCUUCUGUUGUCCUAAAACCACUUCUGGGGUUUUUAAAGUAUAGGACCAUGUUUUUGAUUACUGUCUUAAAAGAUUACUAUGGUGCUCAGCAAAUCUUAUCUCAUCCUACAAAAACCCUCAUGUUAAGAAAACAGCUUUGUAGUCAGGUCUUGUCUAAUUUGAGCUGAGUGGAGCUCAGCUGUGUUUGACCUGCAUCCUCCCUAUUUGUUCUGUGUUUAGGUAGCUAUUUAUACAGGAGUCUUUAAGUUAUUGUAAAUAGUUUUUCUUGAAAGUUUUAAUUAAAUGAGAAACAAGGUAGUCUUCAAAAUCUUAUUCAUCUGUUUGGCUGGAUUUAGGAAAAGUAAUGAGUUUCACGUUACUUCCGCAGCAGGUGGGAGAGUGCGUGUGUGCGUGCGUGCGUGCGUGCGUGC